AUCACGAUCUUCACAAUACCUAAUCUUCUAAUUCUCACAACCCCCACUAUCAUCCACUUUUAAUACCAACAUCCCAGUCCAAAUAUCAAAAUGAAGACUGCUAUCUUCUCCUCUGCCAUUGCCAUUUUCGCUACCUUGGCCACCGCCCUCCCCACCGCAGCCUCUGCAGAGAACUCGGUAGAGAAUCUUAUCACCCGCGACCAAGUCAAGCAGGUGAUCAGCUCCAGCGCCGUGGUCAACAUCAACGAAGACACCCCCGACACCCCCCUCGGCGUGACCAACAAAGCGAUAGUCUCCCGCGUCGACAACAAGCACAACUCCCAAGCCCUCGUCAAGUUCGAUUUUCCUGAGGGUAUUACUGGGUCUAAGUGCCGAUUGGCAUUUGCUUACCCAGCCCAGUUCAGCGGCACCGGGGAGAUCCAAGUGUUCACCAUUGGUGAUGCGAACAUUGCUGGGGCCACCUUCAAUCAGAGACCCUUCAGAGACCAAUUCAAGGGUUCCUUCCGUGUUUCCGGGUGGGGCGAGGCUACAGUUAUUGAUGGCUCCGGCUUGACCUUCGAUUGCCCUGAUAUGGGGGCUAAGGCAUAUGAAGUUGCUUCUGUCGGAGAUAACAACGAGGUUGUCUGGUAUGCCCCUGGCAGCGGAUUGAGAAUUGAUGUUUUGUAGAGGUGGAAAGGUUAUCGUCGAGCUUUUUGCUUGUACUAUUACUUUCAUUCCUUUUCAGAUUGCUUUCAUUCUUUUUUCUUAAACAUUGCAUUGCGUGGUAGUGGAUUGGGCUUGCAUUUAGUUCGCGAUCAGAGCAUGGAGAUAGUAGUUUUGUUGCCUUUCAUUAGCACGAGCAUUAUUAGUACUAGAGUAAUUAUGUAAUGGAGAUAUAUUGGCGGAAA